AUGUUUGUAAAAAAGGCAGAUGGUUCCUUACGGCUUGUGGUGGACUACAGAAAGCUCAACAACGUCACACACAAAAAUGUCUACCCAUUACCAAGGCAGGAUGACCUAAUGGCUAAAAUCAGGCGCGCAAAAAUGUUCACUAAACUGGAUUUACGUUGGGGUUACAAUAACAUCCAGAUUAAGGAAGGUGACAAAUGGAAGACUGCUUUUAGGACCAAACAUGGGUUGUUCAAAUACCUAGUAAUGCCCUUUGGCCUGACAAAUGCCCCUGCAGCCUUCCAACACUUUAUGAAUGACCUGUUCCUGUCAUGA